AUGGGGGCCCCAGUAACCCCGGCCUGCCUGCUGCUCCUCCUGCACCUCACAGCUGGGACGUCUGCAGAGCCGCACUAUGUGGUGGUGAGCCCAGCCGUGUUCUACCACCCGCACACGGGGACGGUGUCAGUUCAUCUCAGCGACCUCAAUGAGACCGUCCGGGUGAGCGUCCGGCUGGAGAGGGGGGAUGGGCCCAGCGCUAUCAUCCUGCUGGAGAGAGAGGUCCAGGAGCCCCAUCUGCACGAGAACGUGCGCUUCCAGGUUCCAGCCCCGUCCGGGGGGCAGCAGGAAGUGGCAGAGCUGCACGUCUCGAUCCGGGGAGAUGCCCUGCAGUUCUCUGAGCGGAAGGAAGUGCUGCUGCGGGUGCUGGAGCCUGGGACCUUUGUGCAGACGGACAAGGCCGUCUACAAGCCGGGACAGACAGUGAAGUUUCGAAUUGUCAGUUUGGACAAAGACUUUGUUCCCAGUACCCGGAAGCUGCCCCUGGUGACCGUGCAGGAUCCCAGCGGGAACCGCAUCGCCCAGUGGCGAGAUGUGACUCCGCAGCAGGGCAUCGUGGAUCUGUCCCUCCCGCUGUCUGCAGAGCCGGCCCUGGGGACGUACGCCAUCGAGGCGCAGGGGACGAGGCACUCGUUCAGCGUGGAGGAAUACGUGCUGCCCAAGUUCAAAGUGACCCUGGAGCUGCCCCCCGUGGUGACGGUGCUGGAUGAGACGCUCCUGCUGCGAGUGUGCGGCCGAUACACCUACGGGAAGCCCGUCCUGGGGAGGGUCCAGGCCAGCCUGUGUUGGAAGAAACAACCACCUUAUCUCAGGUUCAGUUCUUAUCUGUCGCUAAUUCGGUGCACGGAGCUUACUGGCCAGACUGACAGCAACGGCUGCUUUUCCAGAGAGGUGGUUAUAGCUCCCGUUAACCUAACCCACCCUCACUACAAGCUGAGCCUCCAGGCCAAGGCGUCUCUCAUGGAGGAGGGGACAGGGGUGGAGCUCAACAUGACCAAGAGCUGUGACAUCAUGUCUGAAAUCGCUACGGUGACCUUUGAGGACGCUGACGCUACCUACAAGGCUGGAAUCCCCUACACUGGCAAGAUGCUCCUGAAGGCGGCAGGUGGCUCUGCGCUGAAGAAUGAGAAGCUGAAACUCUUUGUUAGCUAUGGAGAUAAGAAUAAGAAGCAAACCUUUCAUACGGACGAGUCUGGCAGAGCCUCCUUCGAGCUGGACACCUCCGGAUGGACCGGGACGGUCACUCUGAGGGGGCACUUCAAGCAGGUGGCUCGCAGCUCUGUGUAUGGAAGAGUCUCUCCCAGUUAUCUGGAUGCCCAUCGUAACCUGGAGCCCUUCUACUCCAAGAGCCAGAGUUUCCUGAAGAUCCGCUCGCUGGGAGGGGUGCUGCCCUGCGACCAGGCCCAGCAGCUCCAGGUGGAUUACGUCAUUGCUAGGGAGGCCCUGGGGAAUGGGUCCAGGAGCCUGGAUUUCAUCUUCCUGGUCGUGGCCAAGGGAGCCAUCGCCAGGAUCCUCCACAAGGGGCUGGACCUCAGGGAGGGGGCUGGGCUGAAGGGCUCCUUCUCUGUCGAGCUGCCUGUCGGCGCUGAGCUGGCUCCCGCUGCCACGGUGCUGGGUUACACGGUGCUGCCCGAUGGAGAGCUGGCUGCCGACCGCGCCCGGCUGCAUGUGGCCAAGUGCCUCCUGAACAAGGUGAAGCUGGCCUUCUCGCAGGACCGGGCCCUGCCGGGCUCAGAGCUCCAGCUGCGGGUGCAGGCUGCCCCCGGGUCCCUGUGCGCCAUCCGCGCCGUGGAUCAGAGCGUGCUGCUCAUGAAGCCCGAGGCCGAGCUCAGCGUCAACACUGUCUAUAACUUGCUCCCCGAUUUUCCCCGAGGAGACUAUCCCGAUGCAGUGCGAGAGCCUGAGUCAUGUGAUGAUCCGCCCCAGACUGCAGUUCCUCACUGCCGUGGCUUAGGUGGCCAGUGGAGGUGUCGCAGAGGGACUAGCAGCCAGACUCCCCCUCAGCCUGACACCUACAGCCUGUUUAAGGAUGCAGCUUUGAAAAUUCUCACCAAUACCAACACCAAGCAGCCCUGUGAACAUGGGGAUCUGAGAGUCAAGCUGGGUGUUAUGGAGGCGAUUACAUGGGGCCCUGCAAUGCCCACUUGUGCUCGUGUGGAUAGUGCAGCAGAGAGCCCAGUGAUCAACGGCCGGCUAGCGCCAGAACCCAGUGCCCAGGCGGAGCCAGCACCACGUGCGUACUUCCCAGAGACGUGGCUGUGGGACCUGGUGCCUGUGGGCGAGGGGGGCUCCAAGGACAUCCCAGUCUCGGUGCCCGACACCAUCACGGAGUGGAAAGCUGGGAUGUUCUGCACGGCCGAGGUGGGCUUUGGGCUCUCGCCCACGGUCACCUUCACGGCCUUCAAACCCUUCUUUGUGGAGCUGGCCUUGCCGUACUCCGUGAUCCGGGGAGAGGCCUUCGCCCUAAAGGCCACUGUCUUCAACUACCUGCAGCAGUGCAUCAAGGUGCAGCUGACGCUGGCGGAGUCUGCGCAGUUCCAGGUGCAGGCGGGCGAGGACGGCGCCUACACCAGCUGCCUCUGUGCAGAUGAAGGGAAAACCUUCCAGUGGGAGGUGACGGCGAGCAGCCUGGGGGAGGUGAACUUCACCGUCAGCACCGAGGCUCUGCGCACCGAGGAGCUGUGCGGCAAUGAGCUGGCUGUGGUGCCGGCCCAGGGCCGAGUGGACACCGUGAUAAAGCCCCUGCUGGUCCAGCCGGGGGGGAUCCUGGAGGAGAAGGCGCACAGCUCCCUGCUCUGCCAGGAAGCGUCCGAAGAAAUCUCCUUGCAGCUGCCUGCGAACAUCCUGGCGGGGUCCGAGCGGGCCCACGUGACAGUCCUGGGAGACAUAAUGGGCACGGCUCUGCAGAACAUAGACCGCCUGCUGGCCAUGCCCUAUGGCUGCGGAGAGCAGAACAUGGUCCGGUUCGCUCCCAACAUCUACAUCCAGCAGUACCUGGAGAAGAGCGGGCAGCUGAGCCCGGAGAUCAGAGACAAGGCCAAGGGUUUCCUCCAGAGCGGCUACCAGCGCGAGCUGCUCUACAAACACAACGAUGGCUCUUACAGCGCCUUUGGGGAGAGCGACGCCACGGGCAACACCUGGCUGACGGCCUUCGUUCUCAAGUCCUUUGGCCAGGCCAGACCCUACAUCUCCAUCGACGAGAAGCACCUAGAGGAUGCCCUAAGGUGGCUGCAGCGUCACCAACUGGAGAGCGGCUGCUUCCGCAGUGUGGGGAAGCUGUUGAACAACGCCCUGCAGGGCGGCGUGGUGGACGAGCUCUCUCUCUCGGCUUACAUCACGGCAGCGCUGCUGGAGCUGGGGCAGCCGCUCACGGACCCCAUGGUGACCAGGGCCCUCCAGUGCCUCCGGGAGUCGAGCACCAGCGACCUCUACACGCAGGCGCUGCUGGCCUACGCCUUCGGGCUGGCGGGGAGCACUGAGCUGCGGGACACCCUUCUGCAGCGCCUGGCCCAGCACAGCGGCAGCACCGGGGGACAGCUGCACUGGCAGAGGAAGGUGAAGGCCCUGCCCAGCCCCUAUGGGAACCAGGCCCCAUCAGCGGAGGUGGAGAUGACGGCUUACGUGCUCCUGGCCUAUCUCUCCCUUCCCAACGUGUCUGCUGCCGACAUGGCGACCGCCACCCAGAUCGUCCGCUGGCUCAGCAAGCAGCAGAACCCCUACGGGGGCUUCGCCUCGACGCAGGACACGGUGGUGGCCCUGCAGGCCCUGGCCAAAUACGCAGCCCUGACAUACAGCACGAGCGGGGCUGUGUCAGUGACGGUGAGCUCCCAGGCCGGGGCCCGGCAGCAAUUCCACGUGGAGAACGCCAACCGGCUGGUGCUGCAGCGAGCGGCCCUGCAGGAGAUCCCCGGGCAGUACACGGUGCAGGCCAGCGGCAAGGGCUGUGUCUUUGUGCAGCUGACUCUGCGCUACAACGUGCCGCCCCCAAAGAGCGCCGCGACCUUUGACCUGCGGGUGGAGACAGAGCCGAAGGAGUGCACCGAGAGCGCCAGAUCCCGCUUCAGCCUCGUGCUGCACGCCCGGUACAGCGGGGAGCGCCCAGCCACCAACAUGGCCAUCAUCGAGGUCAAGCUGCCGUCCGGCUACAUCCCCGUCAAGAGCUCCCUGCGGCAGCUGGAGAAGCAGCGUUUGGUGAAGAGGCUGGAGGUGCAGAACGACCAGGUGACGCUCUAUCUAGACGAGCUGACGAAGGAGGCGUCGAGUUUCACCUUCUCCCUGGAGCAGGAUUUCCCUGUGAAGAAUCUCAGAGCAGCCCCAGUGAGACUGUACGAUUACUAUGAGACGGGUGAACACACAGAGGCUGAGUACAGCGCCCCCUGCGGCUCAGCCCCUGAUGCCGACAUGAUGGAAAAUUCCCGCUGA